AAAUGCCUAAAAAAAAGACUGGUGCGAGGAAGAAGGCUGAGAACCGCCGAGAACGUGAAAAACAACUAAGAGCAUCAAGAAGCAUGAUAGAUUUAGCUAAGCACCCAUGUAAUGCUUCAAUGGAAUGUGACAAGUGUCAGAGGCGACAGAAGAAUAGAGCAUUUUGCUAUUUUUGUAAUGCUGUACAGAAGUUACCAAUUUGUGCACAGUGUGGGAAAACAAAGUGCAUGAUGAAGUCUUCAGACUGUGUUAUAAAGCAUGCUGGUGUAUACAGUACUGGCCUUGCCAUGGUGGGUGCAAUAUGUGACUUCUGUGAAGCUUGGGUGUGCCAUGGUAGGAAGUGUCUCAGCACACAUGCCUGUGCCUGUCCUCUUACUGACGCUGAGUGUGUUGAGUGUGAACGAGGUGCAUGGGACCAUGGAGGCAGGAUAUUCAGUUGCUCUUUUUGUCAUAACUUUCUCUGUGAAGAUGAUCAAUUUGAGCAUCAAGCCAGCUGCCAGGUUUUAGAGGCAGAAACAUUUAAAUGUGUUUCAUGCAAUCGACUUGGCCAGCAUUCGUGUCUCCGGUGUAAGGCUUGCUUCUGUGAUGAUCAUACAAGGAGCAAGGUAUUUAAGCAAGAAAAGGGAAAACAACCUCCUUGCCCUAAAUGUGGACACGAAACUCAGGAGACUAAGGAUCUUAGCAUGUCAACACGCUCUCUGAAAUUUGGCAGGCAGACUGGAGGUGAAGAGGGAGAUGGAGCUUCUGGGUAUGAUGCUUACUGGAAGAAUCUUUCAUCUGACAAGUAUGGUGAUACCAGCUACCACGAUGAGGAGGAGGAUGAGUAUGAAGCAGAGGAUGACGAGGAGGAGGAUGAAGGCAGAAAGGAUUCAGAUGCUGAGUCCUCAGAUUUGUUUACUAAUUUGAAUUUAGGAAGGACCUAUGCCAGUGGCUAUGCUCACUAUGAGGAACAAGAGAACUAGUGGGCUGCUUGCCCGCGGGCGGCCAUGUGUGAGAAGCAGGAGUGUGUGUGCUUGGUACAUUGUGUGCGAAUGUUCAAAAGGACUGUCAGCCUCGUGCAGAAGGCUAGUUCCACUUGGCCAAGGAGUGGGUAAUAGCGUUUUUAGGGAACUGAUAAUCAGGGUUACAGCAGAAGAAAAUGAGUUUCAAAUGUAAGGUGUUUAUAGAUCGAAGCAAUUGAAGCAUCAUGGAUUGUUACAGAUUUCAGUAAUCUAGUAGGUUUUGCCAAUUAGAUACAUAAAUGCAGGAUAAAGCAAUAGGCUGGUAAUAUGUUUGAAAUUAAAUUACAUUUUUUAUCAAAGUACAUUGUGUCUGGCUUUGUAAAAUGUAAUGUGUAAAAUGAAUUACUGUAUUUUUCCUUUUAUGUCCACAAAAUGAAAGUCAUAUGUUGUUAUAUUUUAAAUUUUCAUUAAAUAUUCAUGUUUUCUUAAGUAGCCAUGAUACAUGUUUAGCAUUUGGACCCAUGCAUCUCUUUCUUCACGGUAUAUGUCCCGAUACCUAUUAUUAAUGCCUAAAUGUGUUGACAAAGGUGACUACCCAGCCAUUUUUCAUAGAUACAAUAUCAGAAAUUGUAUCAUUAUGGAUGCUUUACCCAGGAAAUUUCAUCUUUCUUUGAAUAAAUCUAGUAUUUCACAUA